GAUGGUCCUCUACCUGCGAAGGAUUUCACCUCAUGACUACUAACACAGGUCAACGAUUUUCCCUUACCACAACGAGCAUUCAGAUUUGAGCUACGGCCAAAGCACAAAGCUCCAGUCGAUGCGUUUUGGAGAUUCACCCUCUCGACGUCUUAGCACAAGACUGAUGUUUCUUCACACCCUCUUCUCAAGAAAUCCGCUUCUGGGGAUCAGAGUUUCAUGAAACUAAACUAUGAUCUGUGGCUACGUACUGGAAUGUCUCCUGCGUUUUUGCACGACAAAAGAACACCCAGACGCCCACGACUUGGUCAGGAAAAAAGCGGUAUCCCUUUUUGGAUUAUGUGUUUGACCAAUGUAAACAUAUGGAAGAAAUAAAAAAGUAAGCAUAUGAGAAAACCAAGAGGAAUGAGUCGCUCCUUCAUAAAAGUCUUGACAGCCUUAUUUGCAUGUUUUAUGGAGACCAACAACUUCAGGGUUGUGGAUGCCAAGGAGCACGACUCGAGAUCAUCCUCUAACAUGUCUCCAUCAGACUUUCUGGACUCUCUAAUGGGUCGAACGUCCGGUUAUGAUGCACGAAUAAGACCAAAUUUUAAAGGUCCCCCUGUAAACGUUACAUGCAAUAUUUUUAUCAACAGUUUCGGCUCUGUCACAGAGACAACCAUGGAUUACAGAGUGAACAUCUUCCUGCGGCAGAAGUGGAAUGACCCUCGUCUGGCAUAUAGUAAAUAUCCAGAUUCCUCUCUUGACUUGGACCCGUCCAUGUUGGACUCUAUCUGGAAGCCUGACCUCUUCUUUGCCAAUGAGAAGGGAGCCAACUUCCACGAUGUAACCACAGACAACAAGCUCCUGAGGAUCUUCAAGGAUGGCACUGUCCUCUAUAGCAUCAGGUUGACUCUCAUUCUGUCCUGUCCAAUGGAUCUAAAGAACUUUCCGAUGGACGUCCAAACUUGCACAAUGCAGCUGGAAAGUUUUGGCUACACCAUGAAUGACUUGAUCUUUGAGUGGCUGGAGAAUGGUGCUGUGCAGGUGUCAGACGGACUCACACUGCCUCAGUUCAUUAUGAGGGAUGAGAAGGAGCUGGGCUACUGUACCAAACACUACAAUACUGGUAAAUUCACCUGCAUCGAGGUGAAAUUCCAUCUGGAGCGGCAGAUGGGCUACUACCUAAUCCAGAUGUACAUCCCCUCCCUCCUGAUUGUCAUCCUCUCAUGGGUGUCAUUCUGGAUCAACAUGGAUGCUGCGCCCGCCAGAGUAGCACUGGGCAUCACCACUGUGCUUACCAUGACCACACAGAGCUCUGGCUCCAGAGCUUCUCUCCCAAAGGUCUCUUAUGUGAAAGCCAUUGAUAUCUGGAUGGCCGUAUGCCUGCUCUUUGUAUUUGCUGCAUUGCUAGAAUAUGCUGGAGUUAAUUUUGUCUCCAGGCAACAGAAAGAGUUCCUUCGCUUGAGACGAAGACAGAGGAGGAAUCACAAGGAUGACGACAUGCAGGAAGGCCGUUUUAAUUUCUCUGGCUACAGCAUGAGUCAGUGCCUGCCGAUGAAGGACGGCUCAGCUGUUAAGAACACUACCCCAGCCCCCAACCCUCAACCACCCGCCCCAAAAGACAUAGACACCAUGAGGAAGAAGUUUGUAGACAGAGCCAAGAGGAUAGACACAAUCUCCAGGGCCGCCUUUCCUCUGGCGUUCCUCAUCUUCAACAUAUUCUACUGGAUUACCUAUAAGAUUAUUAGGCAUGAGGAUAUCCACAGAGAGUAAUGGCUCCCACAUGUUAAACCCCUAGAAAUAACAUUCUCCAUCUUUCUCAUUUCUCAGAGUGAGAAAUGCUCGGAAAGCACAGUAAGAUGAUGUUGUGGGACUGCGGAUUGAGAGGCACCAUGGUGAUGUUGGUGGUGCUCUUUCAGGGAUAACAUAUAAUGUUCAUGCAUCACAGCGUAAUGCUCAUGUUCCGACUAUCAAUGAACAGCUUGUGAGACACUGAUGCUUUUGUUGUUGUACUGCUGCAUACUAUUUCCUGAAGAUUCUGGGAGGAAAAAAAAAGGUUUUAAUUGAAGACAAAGUGAUAUGCUGGAGAAGAUGGACCAAAUUUUCUGAUACAUCACUGCCUUGGCGUCUGUACAACCAAGGAAUAGAACCACAUUCCAUGGAUUUGUAAAUGUACGGUAGAGUAGUCAGGCCCUUACUUACAGGUUUUUUUGUGGUUCCAAAAAAAAAAAAAAAAAGGGUAUUUCAUAUCAAGGAUGUUUAGAACUGUUUUAUAUUGUACUAUUGUCAUGCACUUCCUCACUGUUUAUAUAAAAUAAAGCAUCAAGAUUCGAAAGCGUGUAGGCAGCAAGCACAUAUACAUCCAUACAUUAGGCGGCGGCACAUGUCUCAGGCAUGAGCGUGAAUCAAGCAGAUGAAAAUCUGGCAUUGGCGAUUGGAUAUUGCAUUUUUAUGAACAACCCGAGGCCUUAGAUAUCAUAGAUUUGGUGAGAUAAAGUGCUAUGCUUCCCUAUUUUUUCAAGCAUCUUCUCCUGUUUGGUGUUCUGUCAGAGAUGAACAUGUUGUUCCUCUUCAGCUUUUCUACCCAGGGCCUGAUAUCUAAAGGUAGAUUUUGUUUUGUUUUUCUUUGUCUGUCAGUGUAUUAUAAAUCAUAUCCAUGCACAAUUAAUGUCACCCAAAAGCAGCUUAAAUGUUUAUUUGCUUUUGCUUUUAAAAGUCUAUAUUUUUUGAUUUUCAUAUUCAUUCUGAGAAAAAAAUUAUCAAAUACACUGACAUAUACUGUAUUUCAUAGGCUAAUUUAUAUAUCCUAAUAAUGGCCAAUUCUGAGCCAGUGUGUAGGUAAGCCGACAUGAAAAUUAUACACAUUGCACCCUGUUGAUAUCAUUAUUAAGUGUUACCAUAUCCCAUAUGAAUUUGUUUAUAUCACAGGUAAAUAUUGCAGGUAUCUAAGGUAUGGUUUUAGAGUUGGAGAGUAUGUUUUUUUUUUUGUAGAUUUAGUCUGAUGAAAUAUUUAUUGUAAUGGGGGAAAGGUUAUGUUUCUAAAAACUAGCUUUCUGUAUACUUCCUCAACCUCUGCUGUGGACUGUUUAACGCGUUCCUUCACUUGGUGUGCUCUUGCUGGAUGGUGACAGAUGUAAUGGUAAAUCGAUGCAUCGGUGAAGGAGAGAUUUGCAUAACACUCAUGGUUAGAGCAGCUAUUGGUCCUUGCACUCCUGAUAUACUGUGGUGAAGAACUCUUUUCUUGAAUGCUAUUCCUGAAAAAGGUUAUUUACGCUACUGUACAUCAAUAAAGUUG